AUGGCAUUUGGUCAAUCGACUUUAUUCGAGCGCUCACAUGAUCGCGCAGCAGAAGGUCAAAGGUCAAGAUCUGGCUCAGCCAGUCCUGUGAAGAAUGCACAAGGUGAGUACAUCCCACCGCAUGCUAGACCCCUGCCAAAGGGGGAGCGGUACGACCCAUCACAGGAGCAAAACUACCUCCAACAGCUACAACAGAUCAGCCAAUCAAGGGAGACAGCAACGCAGAAGAGUGAGAGCGUGCGGAAAUUUAAGCAGGCUGUCGACCUGAUCAGGAAGGCAAAGCCUGAGACACGUGCAAGCCUGCGAGGAGAUGGUUUAGAAGCCGCUGCUGCUGGUGCAUCAAUGGCAUCUGAAUCUUCAGGAUCAUUGGGGAAGCCCUCUGCGCUGGCUCGUUUCCGCCACACGGUCAACGCAGUGCAGCGGACGCUUAAAGACACCAUCGCUACAGAUGGAGAGCCAAAUCGUCGGACGAGCUCCAGCACACUGGGGCCCAAGCUGAAAGCCUCGCGGCCGACCUUGGCUAAAUCAACUAGUCAGGAUAGGUUGAGUGAGGCCCGCUCCAGCCCUAGGCCAAGCCCCAGGCCGAGCCCAAGGCCGAGUUUUCAAACAGCGCGCGAAGAACUUCAUCACCGCCAUGUUCCAACACCUGCCACGGC